UCCUCACUCCACAACCCCCUCCUUUCUCUCUCAUCCCCUCCCCCAACUCUCGACCUCUCCUCCCCUCCCCCCUGCUAUUUAUUUAUUGGGGGAGGGGGGGUGUUGCCGUUGAUUGAAAGGGUAUUGAUUUGUAUGUAUUUCUCCCAGCGCUGGUGGCCGCCGCCGCCCCUGCCACCACCACUGCUGCUGCUGCCGCCGCCACCGCCGAUACCGCUGUUGCCGCCUCUGCUGCCGCCGCCACUUCAGUUGCUUCAGUAUUUCCCAUAGUGUGGUUCAGCUCCACCAAACAUGUCGGCUCCUGUCGGGCCCCGGGGCGGCCCUGCUCCUCCUCCUCCUCCGCCGCCUAUGCAGCCGGAGAUGCCCGACCUCAGCCACCUCACCGAGGAGGAGAGGAAAAUUAUUCUUGCAGUCAUGGACAGGCAGAAGAAAGAAGAGGAAAAGGAGCAAUCGGUGCUCAAGGCCAAAGAAGAACCCAAACCCCAGGCGACACAGUGGUUUCCCUUUAGUGGGAUCACUGAGCUGGUAAAUAACGUUCUUCAACCACAGCACAAACAGCAAAAUGAAAAGGAGCCCCAGACGAAGUUGCACCAACAGUUUGAAAUGUACAAGGAGCAGGUCAAGAAGAUGGGGGAAGAAUCUCAGCAGCAGCAGGAGCAGAAGGGUGAUGCUCCCACUUGUGGCAUCUGCCACAAAACAAAGUUUGCCGAUGGAUGUGGCCAUAACUGUUCAUAUUGCCAAACAAAAUUCUGUGCGCGCUGUGGAGGGCGAGUGUCUUUGCGCUCAAACAAGGAGGACAAAGUGGUUAUGUGGGUAUGUAACUUGUGCCGAAAACAACAAGAAAUCCUCACUAAAUCAGGAGCUUGGUUCUAUAAUAGUGGCUCUAACACGCCCCAGCACCCUGACCAACAGGCUCUCCGAGGGAUGCGGAAUGAAGAGGCUCCCCAGGAGAAGAAAGCAAAGCUACAUGAACAGGCUCAGUACCAGGGAACGCCAGGGGACCUGCCUGCCCCCUCUCUAGACAAAAGCCGACCUCAUGGACUUACAAGGCAGGAGUCAAUUAAAAAUGGGUCAGGAAUGAAGCAUCCUAUUACAAGUGACACGACUUCAGACAGGAAAAGGAGCCCAUCAAUAUCCAGAGAACAGAAUAGAAGAUACGAUCAACAGGAAGAGAGAGAGGAAUACUCCCAGUAUGCUACAUCAGACAGUGCAAUGCCUAGAUCUCCUUCAGAUUAUGCUGAAAGGAGAUCUCAUCAUGGACCUCAAUUGUUUGAAGAACCUGAACAUGUAGAUUAUAGGGACUCCAACAGGAGAAGUCGUAGACGUUCCAAAGAGUAUAUAGAUGAUGAGGAUGUGGAGAAUAGGGAUGAAUAUGAAAGGCAAAGGAGGGAGGAGGAAUACCAAGCACGCUACCGAAGUGACCCUAAUUUGGCUCGUUACCCAGUAAAGCCACAGCCUUAUGAAGAACAAAUGCGUAUCCAUGCCGAAGUGUCCCGAGCACGACAUGAACGAAGGCAUAGUGAUGUUUCAUUGGCUAACACGGAGCUUGAAGAUUCUAGGAUUCCUAUGCUGAGAAUGGAAAGGCAGUCAAGGCAAAGGUCCACAUCAGAGCGCAGGGCAGCCAUGGAAAAUCAGCGCUCUUACUCAAUGGAAAGAACUCAAGAGGCUCAGGGACCCAGUCCUAAUCGUCAGAGGACCACAAAUCAUAGCCCUCCUACCCCUCGGAGGAGUCCAAUCCCUCUUGAUAGACCUGACAUGAGGCGCACAGACUCAUUAAGGAAACCACACCACUUAGACCCCAGUUCUGCUGUUCGGAAAACAAAACGUGAAAAAAUGGAAACCAUGCUAAGGAAUGAUUCCCUCAGCUCAGACCAGUCUGAGUCAGUAAGACCUCCACCACCAAAGCCUCAUAAAACAAAGAAAGGAGGUAAAAUGCGGCAGGUUUCCUUGAGUAGCUCAGAAGAGGAAUUGGCUUCCACACCAGAAUAUACAAGCUGUGAUGAUGUUGAGAUUGAGAGUGAGAGUGUAAGUGAAAAAGGGGACAGUCAAAAGGGAAAAAGAAAAACUAGUGAGCAGGCAGUUUUGUCGGACUCUAACACCAGGUCUGAGAGACAAAAGAAAAUGGUGUCUUUUGGUGGCCACUCUUUGGAAGAGGACUUGGAAUGGUCUGAGCCUCAGAUUAAGGACUCUGGGGUAGAUACGUGUAGUAGCACGACUCUAAACGAGGAGCAUAGCCAUAGCGAUAAGCACCCUGUAACUUGGCAGCCAUCCAAAGAUGGAGACCGUUUGAUUGGUUGUAUUUUAUUAAACAAACGCCUGAAAGAUGGAAGUGUCCCCAGAGAUUCAGGAGCAAUGCUUGGAUUGAAGGUUGUAGGAGGAAAGAUGACUGAAUCAGGUCGCCUCUGUGCAUUUAUCACCAAAGUUAAAAAAGGAAGUUUAGCUGACACUGUGGGGCAUCUGAGACCAGGUGAUGAAGUAUUAGAAUGGAAUGGAAGGCUACUCCAGGGAGCCACAUUUGAGGAAGUUUACAACAUCAUUCUAGAAUCUAAACCAGAGCCACAAGUGGAACUUGUGGUUUCAAGGCCUAUUGGAGACAUUCCCAGAAUCCCUGAUAGUACACAUGCACAACUGGAGUCUAGCUCUAGCUCAUUUGAAUCUCAAAAAAUGGAUCGCCCGUCCAUUUCUGUUACUUCUCCUAUGAGUCCUGGAAUGUUGAGGGAUGUUCCACAAUUCUUGUCUGGACAACUUUCAAGCCAAAGCCUUAGUAGAAGAACAACGCCUUUUGUUCCUAGGGUUCAGAUAAAACUAUGGUAUGACAAAGUUGGUCAUCAGCUGAUAGUUACAAUUUUGGGAGCAAAGGAUCUCCCCUCCAGGGAAGAUGGGAGACCACGGAAUCCUUACGUUAAAAUUUAUUUUCUUCCAGACAGAAGUGAUAAAAAUAAAAGAAGAACUAAAACUGUAAAGAAAACAUUGGAACCCAAAUGGAAUCAAACAUUUAUUUACUCUCCAGUUCAUCGGAGAGAGUUUCGAGAACGGAUGUUAGAGAUUACUCUCUGGGAUCAAGCUCGAGUUCGAGAGGAAGAAAGUGAAUUUUUAGGAGAGAUUCUAAUUGAAUUAGAGACAGCAUUAUUAGAUGAUGAGCCUCAUUGGUAUAAGCUUCAGACACAUGAUGUCUCUUCAUUGCCACUUCCCCACCCGUCUCCAUAUUUGCCACGCAGACAACCACAUGGGGAGAGCCCAACGAGAAGGUUGCAAAAUAAAGGCUUUUAUUCAUAUAAUUCAGGAUCUAAGCGAAUAAGUGACAGCGAAGUCUCUGACUAUGACUGUGAUGAUGGAAUUGGUGUAGUAUCAGAUUAUCGACACAAUGGAAGAGACCUUCAGAGUUCAACAUUGUCUGUGCCAGAACAAGUGAUGUCAUCAAAUCAUUGUUCACCAUCUGGGUCACCUCACCGAGUAGAUAGUAUAGGAAGAACUAGGUCAUGGUCACCCAGUGUCCCUCCUCCACAAAGUCGAACUGUGGAACAGGGACUUCGAGGGACAAGACCUUCUAGUGGACAUUAUAAUACUAUCAGCCGAAUGGACAGACAUCGUGUCCUGGAUGACCACUAUUCUCCAGAGAGAGAUAGUCAUUAUCUCACUCUACCUCGCUCCAGAUACAUUGACCAUCAUCACAGGGAUGUCAGGAGGAAUAGGCAGGAGAGAAGAGAGACUAAUACAUAUUUUGAUGACACCCCCCACAGUCCUGAAAGGAAUUGUGAAGCAGCAGAUAGACAGCCAUAUCACAGAUCCAGAUCAACAGAACAACGGCCUGUCCUAGAGCGGACCACCUCCCGCUCCAGAUCCACUGAACGUCCUGAUACAAACCUCAUGAGGUCGAUGCCUUCAUUAAUGACUGGAAGAUCUGCCCCUCCUUCACCUGCCUUAUCGAGGUCUCAUCCUCGUACUGGGUCUGUCCAGACAAGCCCAUCAAGUACUCCAGUGGCAGGACGCAGGGGACGACAGCUCCCACAGCUCCCGCCAAAGGGGACCUUGGAGAGAAACAAUGGAGACAAGGAGAUAGAACCUUAUGAAGUAAAUGCAGAACUUAACGAAGAAAACAAGCAUGUAGAAGAGCAGGGUGAAAAAAAGCAAGGGGAAGAGGUCAAGGCAGGUUCUAUGGAUAUAGAGGAGAGAAACCGACAAAUGAAAAUCAAUAAAUACAAACAGGUAGCGGGAUCAGACUCCAGACUGGAACAAGAGUACCAUUCUAAGUAUCGCUCAGGGAGGGAUCCUCAUCGAGGUGCGGACAAUGUUUCCACUAAAUCUUCAGACAGUGAUGUAAGUGAUGUGUCAGCUGUAUCAAGGACUAGCAGUGCAUCUCGUUUCAGCAGCACAAGCUACAUGUCUGUCCAAUCAGAAAGACCACGAGGAAAUAAGAAAAUCAGUGUCUUUACAUCCAAAAUGCAAAGCAGACAGAUGGGCAUCUCAGGAAAGAAUAUGACUAAAAGCACCAGCAUCAGUGGGGACAUGUGCACAAUAGAGAAGAAUGAUGGCAGCCAAUCUGAUACCGCAGUGGGCACCAUGGGCACCGGUGGCAAAAAGCGGCGCUCCAGCAUUGGGGCAAAAAUGGUAGCUAUUGUGGGUCUCUCACGAAAAAGCCGCAGUACAUCCCAGCUCAGCCAAACUGAAGGUGGAGGCAAAAAACUAAGGAGUACUGUCCAGAGGAGUACAGAAACUGGCCUGGCAGUAGAAAUGAGAAACUGGAUGACUCGACAGGCAAGCCGUGAAUCUACGGAUGGAAGCAUGAACAGCUAUAGUUCUGAAGGAAAUUUGAUCUUCCCUGGUGUUCGAUUGGCCUCAGAUAGCCAGUUCAGUGAUUUUCUGGAUGGCCUUGGUCCAGCUCAGUUAGUUGGGCGUCAGACAUUGGCUACACCAGCUAUGGGUGACAUUCAGGUUGGAAUGAUGGACAAAAAGGGACAAUUGGAGGUAGAAAUAAUUCGGGCCCGUGGCCUUGUUGUAAAACCAGGUUCAAAAACACUGCCAGCACCAUACGUAAAGGUGUAUCUCUUAGAUAAUGGAGUCUGCAUAGCCAAAAAGAAAACAAAAGUGGCAAGAAAAACACUGGAACCCCUUUACCAACAGCUGUUAUCAUUUGAUGAAAGCCCACAGGGAAAGGUUUUACAGAUCAUUGUUUGGGGAGAUUAUGGACGAAUGGAUCAUAAAUCCUUUAUGGGAGUGGCCCAGAUACUUUUAGAUGAACUGGAAUUGUCUAAUAUGGUGAUUGGAUGGUUCAAACUGUUCCCCCCUUCUUCCCUAGUAGAUCCAACUUUGGCCCCUCUGACUAGAAGAGCUUCCCAAUCAUCUUUGGAAAGUUCAACGGGACCUUCUUAUGCUCGUUCAUAGCAUCUAUAAAACUGUCAUAGCAACCAGCGUUACAAAAAAAAAAAACAUACAGGUCGCAAACCCUGGUAACACUGCAUGCUUACUGUUGUGUCUUCUGAGCCUGUUUCUAGGGAUACAAAGCGAUCCUGUGUUCUCAGAGGAAGCUGCACACAUUGUGCCCUAAAGAAGGCCCUCAGGUGAAGGAGUGGAGCUUUGAAGAACUAAUGGGUUUGGAGUUCAGUGACACUCAUUUUUUGGUCCAAUCUGAAGCCAUGGAUUAAUAUAAAUCUGUCUCAUGCAACAAACGUCCUUUUCAAUGACAUCUUUACUUUCUUGUUCCUUUUUUAAAAAUUUCUGUUCUCCCUAACACGUUCCCCCCCUCCAAAAAAAAAAAAAAAAAGCCUAGUUAUGCCACAGAAAUGGAGCUAUGUGACCAUGAAGCCAUUACAAGUCAGUGGGGUAGUAGGAAACAUGAGGUGACAAGCAGGAGACCAAAGAUACGGUCAGGAAAAAAAAGACAGAUCUCCUAUGGAACUGAGGAUGGAAGUGAAGCCCAGCACACACUGGCAGCAUCCAAGAUGAGCAGUGGCAGACCUCUAGCUCCACCUGUCAUUUCAGUAAAAGCCAAGAUGUAAUAGACUCUGAAAAACAAGUUCUGUGGCUAUACUGUACUGUAUGAAAUUAAAGAAACUUUUUUGCAUGGACACAGUUUAGCUGAACACUUAACUUAUUUUCUCGGGGCUGCAACUUGCAAAAAAGAAUAAAAUCAGCCAUUUUCAACAAUUUAUAUUAUUUUUUAAAAAAAAUUUCACUAGUGCAUGGUUUUAAAAGGGAGAGAAUGCAACAGGGUGAUACAAAGACACACCACCUUUAUCAUUCUUUAAUCAUGGUCUGUGUUUUGCAGACAUCAAAAAAAGACAAUACUUUCUAGAAAAAUACUGAAAAUUCUUUAUGUGACAAGUGUAAUAUAUUCAAUUUAUUUAAAUGUAAAAGGUACAAGCCUUGUAAAGUUCAACAUUAUGUGAAUUGUACACAUCUUUCUUCUUUUUCUCUAUCUCACCUUCUGCCUCUUAUGAUUUUCAUAUAACCCCCUACUUACCAGGAUGAUCACUAUACUCUAAAACUGCUAUUUUUUGACAAUAUUCUCAUAUGCCCCAUCUUUGGUUUAGGACUGCAGAUCAUUCUGCAUUUCUGAAUUCUUUGAGAAAAAGAGUACUUUUAAGAGCUUUCAUUAUUUCCAGCAUGUUGAAAAGGAUUUUGCAACAUGGCUUGGGAGUACCUUAAAGUAAGUCAGCAUGUAUUUGAUAAAGAAGAUAUUUGAACUUUUUGCAGUUUAUUGUACAGUGCAUGGUAACUUAUUUUUAUUUUUUCUCACCUUCAAAUUGAAUUCUACAACAAAAUCCUGGAAUCAUGUGGCCAUUGUGUGAUGUCUUUAAUAAAUCUGUUUUCAGCACCA